AUGGACCCAAACACGCCCGCUCGCUUCCGCAAGGUCGACUUCCAUGUCCCGCGCCUGCGCAAAUGUCCGUUCGACCUCGACACCGUCGACUGGAGGGGCGCAACGCUUCUCGGGGCGGGCAUGGACGGGUGCGUUUGGCGCGUCCGUUUUGGGGACCACGGCCCCUACUAUGCCUUGAAGCUGUUCUGGGACGCAGACCCGGCGGUGCUGUACCAGUGCUACUUUGCCGCCCAGCGCGAGUGCCAGAAUGCAGCCCUCCUCCAGGCCAUCCGCGCGUCCGUCGACCAAGAGGCUGCCGCGCAGGAGGUCCUUGACGCAGGGGGUACGCUGCCCGAUGACGAUGGCCCGGGCGCAGCACCGACGCUGGUGUUUCCCGACCCGCAGGACGAGUACGAGGCUGCCAGCAAUCUGUACAGCUUUUCCGUGGAGAUACGCCGCGAUCGCCACAAAUUCGCCCACCUGGACGCGCCCGAGACCAUGCGUCUACGUGACGUCCCGAUGCCACGGUUUGUGCAGUGUUACGGAUGGCUGCGUGUGAAUGCGGAAGAUCUGAUCGCGCGGAUGCCGCGGCACUGCCAGCCGGACCCGGUCCAUGUCAAACGGAAAGAGUUUCGCUAUUUUCAAAAGGGCCCCACGGAGUUUAUUGCGAUUGUGUACGAAUACAUUCACAAAGAGGGCGGCGAUGGCACCGAGGGUGAUAAAGACACCAUCAAAACAACCACCGUUGGGCGAGAACAACGAGCGGUCCGACCCAGCACCGUGCGGCAGAGACCGCCAGUCAAGGAGGAACCAAAAAAAGAGCUACCUUACGAUGACGAGCGGGACAGAGUCGCUUCCGUCGAAAAGUUCCUCCAUCUCGCCGGCUUCCAGUUUUGUCCGCAGCCGCUCCGCCGCAACUGGGUCAACGGCGUCCUCGUGGACCACUCGGACAUUAUCGGCCCACGCUUUUUUGGCUGGCACAAGCGGUAUUACCGCCUCCGGAGUACAGCAGUCCUCUUGUCGGAGUGA